AUGUCCAAAGCAAACCAACCGGGCUCGUCUAGCAACGCUAAAAAUCGGGAAGCGGAGACCGAGGAGUCUCGCUCCACAUUUGAACAUCAUCACAAGGUGGGCCAGUGCGCUUCCUUGCAGCGGGACAUAACGCUGUGCAUUGGAACACGGCACGGUUACAGUCUGCUGUCGACAGAUAAUCACGAAGUUCUAGAGACUUACAGUGUUAAUGGUGAACCAAUGUGUCUCGUGGGCCGUCUCUUCACCAGCAACUUGGUCGUUCUCGUUUCCCUCCAUGAUAUGCGCAAACUGUUGAUCUUUCAUUCUCGUCGUGAUUCUCUUAUCUGUGAUUACCGCUAUACCAACACCAUCCUGUCUGUCAGAAUGAAUCGUCAACGGCUGGUAGUGUGUCUGGAGAAUGAGAUCUUCAUCCACAACAUCAGAGACAUGACGGUGUUGCACCGGAUAGAGGACACGCCGUCGAACCGCAACGGUGUUGUCGCCUUCUCCACCUGUCCUGACAAAUGCCUCCUCGCCUACCCCGGGUCCAGUCGAGUGGGCACUGUCUACAUCUUCGAUGCGUCCACCUUUACGAGCAUUCUCUCGACUCAAAUCCUUUCAUCUUCACAGAACGUCACAUCUAUCGCGGCACACGAUGGACUGCUGGCAGCUCUCGCAUUCAACGUGUCCUCGACCCUCCUCGCAACUGCUUCAGAGCGUGGCACAGUCGUCCGAGUCUUCUCCAUUCCCGCUGGUGACAAAUUGAUGGAAUUCCGGCGUGGUCUGGCCCGCUACGCGUCUAUUUGUUCCCUUAAUUUCUCGACGGAUAAUCGAUUUCUGGUGUGCGCAAGCAACACGGAGACCGUCCACGUCUUCAAGCUCUACGGGCCGGCUUCUCCCUCCUCAUCUUCCUGCAAAGCCGAGGAUAGUGCCUGCACACCAGGAUCCUCCACGCAUGGCAGCGACGCUAAUGCCAGUUCUUCCACCGACGACGCAGCCUCUACUGGCAGUUGGACCGGCAGUCUAGUGAGCUGGGUUGGUGGAGCCUUGAAGGCAGGUGCUGCCUACCUCCCGAAUCCCGUGGCGGAGGUCUUUUCACAAGACCGAUCUUUCGCUUUCGCUUGGAUUCCUUCUGCUGCUGCCAACUUGGCGAGUGUAAAUUCACCCGCCUCCGUCAGUCACGUCACCGCCGCCACCGCGUCUCCUCACGGUGACGUUGAGCAUGGAGGUAGUGGGCAAGUUGGCACAGCGUUCAAGAAGGCUGCUGCUCUUCUCUGCCACGGUGACCAGUACCGACUUCUGGUGGCGGGAUUGGACGGUUAUCUCCACAUCUUCACCUUUGAUUCGGCCCGUGGGGGUGAGGCGACCCUGCUGCGAACUCAGAGGCCUAGUGGUAUCAAGAAGGCUGCGAGUUAUCGACUGAUUUACUCCAAAAAUGUUAAAUACUUGUCAAACGAGUACAUUGAAAGGCGGAAGCGGAAUGGGAAGAAGACAGUUGCAUUCGAUCCGUUGCCAGUGCUAGAUGACCUCAUCGAUUCGGGCAACGUGAGUCUCGCUCCUUCGGGUAUCCCAGUUCAACAGCACAAACAGACUCAAGGAUCCACAGAUGCCGCCUCUUCUUCGCAUCGUAGUUUCGCAGCUGUCGCCGGUUCAAGCAUGGAGCCCUCAGCCAGUCAGGAUUUGCUGGCGACGGAGGUGAUGCUGUUGGUCACCCCCUCGACUGCUCCUCAGGGUUACUGCUACGAAACGGAGUUCCCCACCAUCCAGUCUUCUCACCACACUCCUUCGAGAAAAAAGUGUUAG